CUAUAAAUGAAGCCCGGAAGCCUGUGGUUUUCCGCACGCUCUUCACAGCAACAUAAACAUUCUUCUAGCAUUCAAACCGAUCAUCACCGCUCAAACCAAGAAACACCUCAACCACCACCCAGCCACACACCUUUUCUUUAAGUUUUUCCCCUUUCUUUUUUUGUGUUUCCCUCCUCCAUCCACUCCUUUUUGAACCUGCAAAGAAAAAAUGGCUGAAGGUGUGCUCUUCAAUAUUGCGGAGGAAAUAAUAAAGACAUUAGGUACCCUAACUGCUCAGGAGGUUGCACUAUGGUGGGGGCUCAAAGAUCAAUUGCGGAAGCUCAAUGACACAGUUACCAGUAUUAAGGCUGUGAUUCAAGACGCUGAGGAGCAGGCACAAAAACAGAACCAUCAAAUCGAAGUCUGGCUCAAGAAGCUGCGGGAAGCUGUAUAUGAUGCAGAGGAUUUGCUGGACGAUUUCUCAACACAAGUUGUGCGGAAACAAUUGAUGCCUGGGAAAAGAGUAUCGAGGGAGGUACGCCUUUUAUUCUCAAGAUCAAACCAAUUUGUGUAUGGUUUACGGAUGGGUCAUACAGUUAAGGCACUUAGAGAGAGACUAGAUAACAUUGAAACUGACAGUAAAAUAUUCCACUUUGAGGUUCGUGAUGAGGAGAGAGCUUCUUUGACCACUGCCAGGGAGCAAACUACCUCAUCUGAACCUGAAAUAAUAGUUGGGAGAGAGAGUGACAAAAAGACAGUUAAAACGUUUCUGAUGAAUUCCAACUAUGAACAUAAUGUUUCUGUCAUCUCCGUAGUUGGAAUGGGAGGAUUGGGGAAGACCACACUAGCUCAACAUGUUUUCAAUGAUGAGCAAGUUAAGGCGCACUUUGGUGUGAGACUCUGGGUAAGUGUCUCAGGCAGCUUAGAUGUUAGAAAGAUUAUCAAAGGGGCUGCAGGUGUUGGAAAUUCUGAUGAUCAGUUAGAGAGUCUGAAAGAAAAGCUUGAAGGGAAAAUAGAAAAAAAGAAGUAUCUUCUGGUGUUAGAUGAUGUGUGGGAUGGUAAGGAUGAUCGUGAAAAAUGGAAGUUUUUAGAGGAGUUAUUACCAUGUGAUGCAGUAGGAAGUAAGAUUGUGGUAACUACACGUUCUCAUGUAAUUGCCAAAUUAACAAGCACAAUAGAACCACAUGUUUUAAAAGGUCUGUCUGUAGAUGAUUCAUGGGAUCUGUUUAGAAGAAAGGCAUUUCCUCAAGGCCAGGAGUCGGGUCCUGUAGAUGAGAGAAUUAGAAAAGAGAUUGUAGAGAGGUGUUGUGGAGUUCCUUUGGUCAUAAAGGCAAUUGCGAGGUUAAUGUCUUCGAAAGAUAGAGCCCAGUGGUUGCCCUUUAUCCAACAAGAACUUCCAAAUAGGGUCCAAGAUGAUAACAUCAUAGAUACCCUUAAGUUAAGCUACGAUCCUCUUCCAUCAUAUUUGAAGCAUUGCUUUGCAUACUGUAGCUUAUUCCCGAAAGGUCAUGAGAUAGAUGUCAAAUCAUUGAUUCGACUUUGGAUUGCACAAGGGUUUGUUAUUAGCUCUUCAAAUUCAGGUCGUAGGGGUAUUGAGAUUGUUGGUCUCAAGUGCUUUAAGAGUUUACUGUGGAGGUCCUUCUUUCACGAAGUUAAAAAGGAUGGUUUAGGUAACAUAGAAAGUUGCAAAAUGCAUGAUUUUAUGCAUGAUCUUGCAAUCCAUGUCGCUGGUUUUCAGAGCAUCAAAGUGGAGCGUGGAGGAAAUAGUAUUAGUGGAUUGACUCGGCACGUGUCAUUUGACACGGAAUUGGAUUUGUCUUUGCCUUUUGCAAAUCGUCUAAGAACACUUGUAUUAUUGCAAGGUGGCAAAUGGGAUGAGGGGCAUUUACGUGUGCUUGUUUUGAGUCAUUUGGGAAUGAAGGAAGUGCCACCUCUCAUUCAAAAGCUCAAGCAUCUGAAAUAUCUUGAUCUUUCGAAUAAUGAGAUGGAGGUGCUUUCUAAUUCUAUCACCAAUCUGGUAAAUUUGCAAGUGCUCAAGCUUAAUGGUUGUAGGAAACUUAAGGAACUACCUAGGGAUAUUGGUAAGCUAAUUAAUAUGAGGCAUCUUGAUGUUGGUUGCUAUCUUGAUGAUGAUUUAUGUGAAAAUUUAGAGUAUAUGCCUCGUGGGAUUGGGAAAUUAACUAGUCUACAAACAUUGUCAUGUUUUGUGGCUGCUAAAAAUAGGAGUUCUAAAUCUGUGAUGAUAGGUGGAUUGGAUGAGUUGAGGAGGUUAAAUAAAUUGAGAGGGAGGCUAGAAAUAAUAGUCAAGGGAUAUGAAGGUAGUUCUUGUAUAUCAGAAUUUAAAGGAGCUAAAUUGAUAAAGAAAAAAUAUCUUCAUUCGUUGACUUUAAAGUGGGAUUUAGGGGCGGAUAAUAUUUCAGAUAUUGAUUUGUAUGAUAAAAUGUUGCGAAGCCUCCAGCCAAACUCGAGUCUUCAAGAGUUGAAAGUGAGAGGCUAUACAGCCAUCAGGUUUCCACAUUGGCUUUCACUUCAAUCAAAUCUUGUAAGGAUUCAUAUAAUAUGUUGUCCAAGACUUAAGCAUAUCCCUCCCUUGGAUAAAAUCCCUUCUCUUAGAGAAUUGUUGAUUAUGUAUUUGACUAAUUUGGAGUACAUGGAUAGCGAGGGGAAUGGAGGAAGAGGAGUUUCGAAAAUUUUCCCAUCUUUGAAGAAACUUAGCAUCUCUAAUUGUCCUAAUCUAAAGGGAUGGUGGAAGAAGAGUAGAGAUAAGUUGAUAAUGCUCCGUUUUCCAUGUCUUUGUUCCUUGAGCAUUGUUGAUUGUCCAAACUUGACUUCAAUGCCGUUGUUUCCAACUCUAUCAAUUCUCAUUUUGUUGAGAGCUAGUUCAAUGCCAUUACAGCAGACAAUGGAGAUGACAUCAGCAGUCUCUUCUUCUUCUUCAUUUACCCGUCCUCUCUCCAAAUUGAAGAAUCUAUAUAUUUAUUUCAUUGAUAACAUGGAAUCUCUUCCGGAAGCAGGGCUGCAAAAUCUCUGUUCUCUUCAACAGCUAUCAAUUAGGGGAUGCUCAAAAUUGAAGUCUCUGCCACUGCCUGAUCAGGGGAUGCAUUCUCUUCAGAAAUUAAAUAUCAGCGAUUGCAGAGAAUUUGAGUGUCCAUCUCAAUCUGAAUCUCAAGGGAAACCCGACCUUACCUCUUCGCAAGAAUUAGGAAUAUCUUACUGCAGUGGAGAGUUGAGAGUGAUAGAAUAUGGAGGUAUGAGGUUUCCAAGUUGGCUUUCACAUCUCUCAAAUCUGGUAAGGAUUCAUCUAGAAAAUUGUAGAAGACUUGAGCAUAUCCCUCCCUUAGAUGGAAUCCCUUCUCUUGAAGAUUUGUAUUUUGGGAGUAUGAAUGAUUUGGAGUACAUAGAUAGUGAGGGGGUUGGAGGAAAAGGAGUGUCGACGUUUUUCCCAUCCUUAAAGACACUUGUUAUCUAUGGUUGUUUUAGACUGAAGGGAUGGUGGAAGAGAUGGAGUAGAGAUAAGAUGAAUGAUGAUCGUAUCUUUUUUCCACGUCUUUCUUCCUUAAAAAUAAGAUGGUGUCCAAAUCUGACUUCAAUGCCGUUGUUUCCAACUCUCGAUGAAGGUCUUUCUUUGACCAAAACCAGUUCAAUGCCAUUACAGCAGACAAUGAAGAUGAAAUCAGCGGUCUCUUCUUCUUCUUCUUCUUCUUCUUCUUCAUUUAUCCGUCCACUCUCCAAAUUGAAGGAACUCGAUAUUGGUUCAAUUGAUGACAUGGAAUCUCUUCCGGAAGUAGGGCUGCAAAAUCUCUCUUCUCUUCAACAGCUAUCGAUCUCUGAAUGUCCAAGAUUGAAGUCUCUGCCACUGCCUGAUCAGGGGAUGCCUUCUCUUCAGAAAUUAUAUAUCAGCGGUUGCAGAGAAUUAAAGUCGUUAUCUCAAUCUCAAUCUCAAGGGAGGAUACCCUACUUUCCCUCUUUGCAACUGUUAAUAAUCAAUUACUGCAGUGAAGAGUUGAGUGAAAGAACUAGAGGAUGGGGAAAGGAGAGCGUGGAGGAGUGGCUUCCUAACAUUGAACACACUCCAUAUAUGGCGACUAAAUUCAAAAGGAGGGUCGCUAUUUAAAUGGUGAAGGAUUGAUAUGCUAACGAGUAUUAGAGAGCAUUUUCAUGGAGCAUACAUCCUUACAAUUAUGGAAGGCCUGUGACAAACUUUGCGGAAACUUGUUCACACUUCAUGCCUUACGUAUACAUCCCAUUUACAUAAACAAAUUGCAGCAUCCAGUUCGGAAUCUCCUCCGCUGCCUGUGGUGAUGGAUUCAUACCUCUCAAUCAACUUAGCUUACCGCAAAAUACCACUCCUCUUCUAAA